AUGCCUCCCAAGCAGGUCAAGAAGGUCGACAAGGACGGCAAAGCACCACCUAAGCCUGUAUCUCCUGCUAAGGAUGGCAGUAAGAAGACUGCAACCGAACCAGCCAAAUCUCCCAGUCCUGCUAAACCAGCUACUUCACCAACCGGCGACAAAAGAAAGCGUGGUGAUGGAGAAGAUGACGACGAUGAAGAAGAAGACAGCCGCUCUCCACCAAGAUCCAGAAGACCCAAGAAACCAAAACUCUCGCCCAAGACUGGGAGGAAAGUAAAGAUGGAGGCGUACCUCAGAGACCGUAUCAAAGACCUGCGCUUCAACGUCGAGCCCGUCGAGGGCCAUGAGCCCGACGAUGAAGACGAAGACGAGCCCAAUGAGGACUGGGCUUCCAUGACCCGUCUGCGUCAACGCUGCGAUGACCGCCUUGACGAGAUAGAAGAGGCUAUUCGUACACUCGGCAACGAAAAACUCAUCAAGUAUACAAAACGCAAACCGCCCAUUCCGCUGCUUGAUAUCCCAGAGCACAAGAGCGAGCAGACACGUCAUGAAAAGCGACAGAAGAACAAGGAAAUCAAAGACAAUGAGGAGAUUGAUCCGAUCGCAGAAAAGAACCAUGUGAAGAAAUCCAAAAAGUUCCCAGGUGGUAUAAAAUACGCAUCAGCAAAGCUACUCGGAGAUAUUGUAAAGAUACUGGAGAGGGAGUUUGGAGAGGAACUGGCCAGAAGAAGAGUUCAGCACCCUCAUGACGUGAGUCUUGCAAAACAUCCAUCCAAACGCGUCAGAAAGGCAAAAGCGGCAGCAGAAGCCAGAGGAGAAUCCCCCAAGUUGACCAGAAGUCUUGAAAAACAGUGGACCAAUCACGGGCUCAACCUUCGGGAGCUGAUGGACCUUUACAAUCGUCAUGGUUCGGUUGCCCCUGCACCUGCUCGGGAUGACCUCGUUCAGAAAUGCCAACAGUACGGCCUCAGCACUUCAGGAGAUCUCUGGAAUCUGGAAAGGUCUAUACUCAUGUACGAGUUGUCAGGCAAACAACGCAUGUAUGGACUGCCGCAGGAAGCCAUCAAGGAUAUCAUUUCUGCUCUUGGCGACAUCAAGGCCCCAGGCGAUACUGAGGCAGCCAAGGACGACGGUGGUGACGAUAGUGACGAUGCUACCGGUCCGUUUGAUGACCUCAAGGCUGAUGGAAAAGGCAAAGACAUGUCAAAGGAUGGCAAGAGCGGCAGCAAAGACGCCACUGCCUCUUCCAAGGAUGGCAAGAAGAGUGGUAAAGAAACUGGAACAUCACCGACCAAAGAUGGAUCGAAGGACGGCAAAAAGGACGACAAGAAGGCUGGCAAGAAAGGUGGCAAGAAGGAUGACAAGCAAGACGGCAAAAAGGACGACAAGAACUUGCGAAUGAAGAAAACAAGAUCGAACAAAACAAUCGAUCUGUUCGGUGAAGAUACCAGGCUCAAGGUCCAGAAGGAGAUCACAAUCACAGAUGGUGGUCAAGCCCAAAGAUUCACCCAGGUGAACGUCUCUGGAACUGCAGAUCGUUGCAUGUGGAACGCCGUUCAACUCAACUGGAUCGGAAGAGAAAGAGCACCAGGUAGACGUGUCGCAGAUCAAUAUCCCGUCAACGACCGAGUGCGCGAUCUCUGGAACGCAGUUAUGCAUCCUUCGGAGGGCACCACAAAUCCGGCACGCCAGUCAAGACUCAGACUUUACACGCUCUUGCAGGCUGGAAGCCUCGACCGUGAUGAUACAAGACUAGAGCACCGUAUCAACAACCGGCGAAUGGGUGAUUCUGAUAUGGCCCAAGUGAUCGCCGACGCAUUGGACAUCGAGAUCUUCAUGUACGCUCCUCUGCACAGUUCUGAUGGUAUCACAUGGGAAAGAACUGUGAGAGGUCAGCCACAGAACGAUAGCGCACGCCAGAUUCAUAUUGCAAACUACACACAUGCAGUACAUUGGACGGCAUUGACACCAAUUGGACCCGGGCCCGUCACUUUGCCCGCUCUGGGAGAAAUGCAUAGGCACCCGAUUCCGGGCAGUGAUGUACCUAUCCCAGCACUCACGCGUCUUCAGCCGGGAGACGAGGAUAACACUGAUCUCCGAGAUGAGGAUCUGCACGACAGCCCUGAGGAUGGACAUAUCGCAGACACAACUGAGACUGCAGAAGAGGAGGAAGAAAAAGAUGAUGAUGAUGAUGACGAUGCAGAGGAUGAAGACAUGGACGAGGAAGAAGAUGCCGAUCGCGACGGCGGUGUACUUCCACCUCCAGCUGCAGGAGCCGCUACCACCACUGCUUCAAGUUCUGCUGCCAGAAGACUAUCACCAUCAGCAUCGCACUCCUCUCGCGGCUCGUCCGCACCAGCAGCUACAGGUCGUGGUUCUCACAGCACGUCAGCGUCCCAGAAGCGAGCAAGAAGGCGAGCUCGAUCGAGGUCAAAGAGCAAAUCACGCAGCACGUCUCAGCCCAGAGGUGUGCAGAAGAACGUUCAAAAGAUCCAGCCAUUGAGCAAGAAAGCACUCAAGAACAAGAAAAAGGCGCUUCUCAAGACUUUCCAGAACUUCUAUGUCGCAAUGCCUAGUCCUCAGAACAUGGCAGGUGCCAUUCGCUCUCCAUACCUACAUUUAGUCGUGGCUUCCGUUUAG